UAUGUUGACAUGCCAGGAGACAUUGUUGAAAAUUGAUCUUGAGCAGCUUCAGAAGAGCUCAGGUGCUGUAUUGACUAAACCGGUGAGCGAUCAGCACAUCGAAACCUAUUAUUUGCGCUGCGGGUUACUGGGGUCACAGGAGGAAUCCAGAGAGGCUGUUAGAAGAAGGAAACCCUCUGCUGCAUGUUGGAGUAAAAGUCCUCUGAGGGAACUGGAUGCCCAUGAGCCGCUAGGCUCCCAGAAGUCACAGUUCAGCGGGAAGCUAAAAUUCCAUUACGAAUUCAUGAGCAGGGCCAGAUGGACAUGUUGUAUUGUACAAUUUAAUGUAUGAGAUUGGAACAGGCAUUCAUAAGGGAUAUAGGGAACAAGAGGCUGUUACAGCAGUCAUUGUGGCAGUGAGUCCAGAGUUUGAGUUUGCAGGACUUGAUUUGAAACUUGAGAAGUCGAUGACUGUUCUGAGGGGACUUCUUCAAGGAGAACAUCUGUGCCAAAGAUUAGUAAACAUUUCACAGGGGCCACAAGAAUCCCCACUGACUUCCCUGGUCCAUGCCAUGAGGCUAAAGGAGAAUUUGAUCUUUUUUCUCAAAGGCAAAUGAAGGAGGAGAACAGUUCAAGCCUGAAUCUUUCCAAAUGAAAUUCGUAAGACCCUGCAGCUCAAGGCUACUGAGAGAUAAUGUGAAGCUCUGCAUGAAGCCAUAUCUGCACAUUCACAGGGGAAGUGUUUGUAGAGAAGAAGCCAGAUGGGAACUGGAGAGACAACAAAUGAUUUGAUCGAGUUGAAAAUGCAAUGCAUUCUCCCCGCCCCCCCUUCUCUCUGUCUCUCCCGUCCCACUGAUCUUUGCAUUCAGGAAGAUUGCUGCAGAUCAAAGGGAGAGUGCGUGCCCUCCCUCUCUUCGCUUCCCACAUGACUGAGGAGACGCGCUGAGGCCGGUGGGGGACCGGGCCAGCUCAGGCCCUGCGUAGAAACAGGAGCAGCAGGAGCGGCAACGGCAGGAGCAGGAAACUGUAGCAGGGGCAGGAACGAGAACAGGAGCUGCAACAGCAGAAAGACACCCCUCGCCCACUCAUCUGCAUGACAGCUGGAGUGAGCUGCACCCCUCUCUCUCCUUGAAAUGGACUCUCCUGUAAGGAGAAAGGCAGUCAGGCCUGGGAACCCCCCUGACGGGGGCUACGGGUGGUUCGUCCUGCUCUCCACGUUCCUCGUCUUCGGGCUGACGUUUGGAGUGAUUAAGGCUUUCGGGGUGUUCUACGUGGAGAUACACCGGUACUUUGCCACCACAGCAACGGGGACAUCUUGGAUCACCUCCAUCGCCGUGGCAACUGUCCACAUCGGUGCUCCUGUGGGCGCGGCGUUGAGCGCGCGCUUCAGUCACCGCGCCGUAGUGAUGCUAGGGGGCGCUCUCAGCAGUGUGGGCAUGAUCGCCGGGGCCUACGCCCAGAACCUCGUCCAGCUGUACAUCACUGUGGGAUUCCUGUCUGGUCUGGGGUACGCCCUCACCUGGACGCCCACAGUCACCAUGCUGGGGUGGUACUUCGAGAAGAGGCGGCCAAUGGCCAACGGGCUGGCGAGCGCGGGCGAGUGCGUGAUCACCUUCCUGGUCACGCCGCUCUUCCAGCUGCUGGUGGACUGUUACUCCUGGAGGGGGGCCAUGCUGAUCUUGGGGGCGCUGGAGCUGAACCUCUGCGUGUGCGGCGCGCUGCUCCGCCCCUUGCGCCUCACUCAAGAACACCCCGAGGACGGGGGCGAGGAGCUGGAGGACCUCCCUCGAGGAGGGGCGGAGCCAUGGCGGCGGGCCACACCCGGGAGGCGUGUCCUCCGCUACGUGGACUACACCCUGGUAAAGAACAGCCGCUUCAUGGUAUACUCCCUGUUUGGGGUGUUCGCGGCGCUGGGCUUCUUCGCGCCCGCCCUGUUCCUGGUGCCUUACGCGCGGAGCCGCGGCGUGCAGGAGUACCAGGCCGCCGCGCUCAUGUCCAUCUCCGCCGCCUCGGACCUGACCGGCCGGGUGGCGUGCGGCUGGCUGGCCAACCUGCGGCUGGUGGAGACGGCCCGGCUGCUGACGGUCACGGUGACCGCCCUGGGGGCCGUGCUGCUGCUUUGCCCGUUGGCUGCCUCCUUCCCGGCGCUGGCCGGCUUCAGCGCCGCCUACGGCCUGGCGUUCGGCGCCACCGUGUCCAUCCACAUCACCGUGCUCGCCGACGUGGUGGGCGCGGCGCGGCUGGGCAGCGCCCUCGGCUUCUUCAUGCUCAUCCGCAGCAGCGGAGGCCUCCUGGGGCCACCCAUCGCAGGAGUCUUCAUAGACAAGAUGAGCGACUAUGGGACCGGCUUCCUGAUGGCGGGUGUGGCCCUCAUUGUCUCUGCCCUCUUCCUUUUGCUGCUGCAUCAGAUGAACAGAAAGGAGGAGAGGACAGCUAAAACUUGCAGAUUGCCUAGGGACUACGAGAAGGGGGGUGGAGACUGGGAGAAGGAGGACAGAGAAUGAGAAGGAGGGACUGCAAUAGAAGAGGUGAAGACUGUGUGGAAGAAGGCCGGGUCGGAUAUGUCAGGGGCGGGUAGUUGGGGAAGGAAGGCAGCCUCAUGGAAGACUAAAGACUGGAAUGGAGGUUGAAAAUGGAAGGAGGAAGGCAAAGUUUUAGGGUUCUGCACCAUGGUGUACCUGAGCCAGUACUAAACCCAGAUGUUGAGAAGUUUAAGUAUGAGCAAAAGUAACAUGAGCUUGAGCGUCUAUACGUUCAAUUGUAAAAUUUGCCAUUCUCAGUGGUCAGAUUUGCCAUUUGACCAAACGUGGUCAAAAUUGCCACUCUCUCUUUUGGUUUGUUUGUUUUUUUUGGGAGGGGGCAGAAGAAGAAGAAGAAGAGUGAUGCAUAGAGUACAGCAAUGGAAAAUCAAGAGUCCCCCUUGUUGGCUAUUGUUGUGUUCCCAGUGCCUUACACAUACCUGAAACUAAGGAAACAAUGCCGGAGACAUGGGCAAGUAACUAAGGUGCCCCUGACUAAGACAUACUAUCCACAUUACACCCAAAAAUUCUCCUACCAUGGGCUUGAAUUUAGUUUUUAAACAUGGAUUUAUUUCUGAUGCACUUCAAUGCUGCAGCCACCCACUGUCUCUUUUCUCGUCUGUGUUUGGAUAUCUAUACCCGCUGCAAUUGAUUUAUUCUGAAAUUCCUUGGCCCGCCGGUGUUUGGAUUGGACGGCCCUUUGAGCUGCAGCGAGAGAGACAGAGGGAGAGGAGCAGCUGGAAGGUGUCUCUGGGCGCGGUGUUUAUAUAGCUGUACGACUCCAAAGUCACCUCGACGCCAUGAGCUGCAAAUCACCACUUAAUUUCUCUAAUCCGUCACAAGUGCCUGAUAUUCAAAGAGGUCAGACCGCCUUGUCCUAAUGCAAUCUCUGCUGGUGACCCCAAUACUCACCCAUGGAAAGACGAAUCAAAUAAUAGCAAAUUCCUUCAAUGAGCAUUUUCAGUCUCAUUUGGUGCAGUGAGUGACUUUGGCAGCCAGACAACUUCAGAACCACAGAGUGUGCACCAAAAACACAGGACAGGUAAUGGCUUGAGCCACUGAGCCAUCUAUCAGAAUAGACGGAAUAACUGAGCCUUCUGAGCUUCCAUAAAAUGAAGUGUGAAAGGGAAUCUGCUUUGGUGCUCAACUUGUCUUUGCAGUUCCUGCUUUCUCCGCGUUUAUCUGCACUGCCUGCCAGCUGUGGCUAGGAUGCCAGCACACAGGACUCUCAACAUCAUUGCACCAGCGUGAUAAUACUCCUUUCCCACUGUAGAGCUAGAAACAGACCCCAAAAGCCUGCUGACUUCUUACAGCACAAGUGCUUUAAAAUGAAUGUUGGAACCUAAGUCCAAGCUGUAGCACGUGAUAUAACACUGAAUGCUAACCACAACCACACAGACUGUCUGUGGUCCAGGGUUGAGGUUUUCCUGAAAAAGUCCACACAGUUUCUAUCUACCUCUAGUUGUUUGCUGGGAUCAGCAAUAGAGGUUUGUUCCUUUCUUUUAUGUCUGUUUGGUUUUGUUGUGCUAAGGGAAGCUCCACCCACAGCUCACCUGAAAGUAGACUGGCACUAGUGAGGCUAGCCAUCCAAGCUGACCCAGAUCAAUGCCGAAGAAAUCGCAUGGAAAUCUACCCAGAACCUUGAGAUUUCUCAGUUUUAAAGGGGCAUCAGUGUUCCAUCUGCCCUCACUCUUCCCCCACUGGUCAUUUGUCUGUCUUUCCCUCCCCCUUCUCCAAGGCCCCACAGCAAGUCUGCCCAUUUUCAGGCUAGGUCCCCUAGUGGUAGAGUGUGGACUUGCUCCGAUCAGGACGGCAGUUCACCUCACAAUUUUUUACUUGUUUUCUGAGGGCUCAGAUCCUCAGACUGCACCUGGAAUCAUCCAACACCAAACUCACCUGAAUCUGUAUACCUCUGAAUAAACACUUC